UCUAUAACAAAAAAGUAGACUGGGAGAAAAUACAACCAAUGAAAAUACUCUCCUAAUGUUCGUUUUUUUUUUUGGUGCUUGGAUCUUACUGCCAAGUUAAGUGGGAAAGGUGGCCGCGGGCUCGCUCGCGGUGGGCGUGUGCGCGCUGGUAGCUUGCUGGUUUGCAGUGAGUGGUUGAUGGGCUUACGGUAUAUGUCUGCUGGAGCGACGGAGUUGUAUUGAAGGAAGUCUUUGGAAGGAACACUGGAUCAAGUUGGAGGGAAUCAGGUUUCCCAACGGUCGUAAGGCCGGAACAGUAGCGCGGAGAGCGUGGCGGUGGGCAUUGCUGGAUAGCAGUAGGAAUGGCUGACCGCGGCAGUGGAAUGGAGGCUUUAACGCUGCCUGCGGAGGUGCGGGAGAAGCUGGCUGAGCUGGAGCUCGAGUUAUCGGAAGGAGACAUCACUCAGAAAGGCUAUGAAAAGAAGAGAGCAAAGCUGUUGGCUCGUUAUGUACCACGCAUUCAAGGUGUAGAUCCCUGCCUGCAAGGUGAAAACAGAACCCCAGCUUCUUCACAGCCUGUGGCUGGUGUUUCCAAACAGCAGAAAUCCCGCUCUUCUAACUCGCGGGAUGAGCGAUUCCGAUCGGAUAUUCACACGGAAGCAGUUCAAGCAGCUCUGGCAAAGUACAAGGAAAGGAAGAUGCCAAUGCCUUCAAAACGACACUCUGUUCUGGUGCAGCCAUCUUUAGAAACAUAUACUCCUCCAGACACAUCCUCUGCAUCAGAAGAUGAGGGUUCACUGCGUCGGCAAGGGCGGAUCACCUCCACACCGUACCAGGGUCAUCCCGGCAUAGACACCUGGUUUAACAGGGUUAUCCAGGGCUCCUCCACUUCAUCUUCUGCAUCCUCCACUUCAUCCCACCCUGGAGGAAUCAUCUCUACUGCCUCCAAUACCGCUACUUCUACCACCACUGCUGCCACCUCUUUGCUUGCAGAUCUCAUGGCACAUACUCAGCUAGAUAACCACUCUGCACCUCCUGAUGUAACCACUGGCUUGUCAGAACGUCCACAUCAUGAACGAGCAGUAGUAGCAUCAGUCCGUGGUGUACCUAGAGGGUACAACAGCAAAAUACUUGAAACUGCAGAUGGUGUGCCAGUUCACAGCCGUGUCUCAUCCAAAAUCCAACAGCUUGUUAACACCCUGAAGAGACCGAAGCGGCCGCCCCUGAGAGAGUUUUUUGUAGAUGAUUUUGAGGAACUUCUAGAAGGCAAACUGUGGAGUCGUAGUUUAAAGCUGGCUUAUACACUACAGAGCAAGCUGACAGCCAAAAAUGAGCCUCUUCUAAAGCCUGGGGACAGGGUUGCUUUGGUGUUCCCGAACAGUGAUCCUGUGAUGUUCAUGGUAGCAUUUUAUGGCUGUCUUCUAGUCGAACUAGUUCCUGUGCCCAUAGAAGUACCAUUAACUCGAAAGGAUGCAGGGAGCCAGCAGAUCGGGUUUCUUCUUGGUAGCUGUGGAGUAACACUUGCACUAACAACAGACGUAUGUCAGAAGGGGCUUCCCAAGUCGCAGUCUGGGGAGGUGAUCACAUUUAAAGGUUGGCCUCGUUUAACGUGGUUUGUUACAGAUGGUAAGCACUUAGCAAAGCCUCCAAAGGACUGGUGCCCACCUGUCCGAGAUGCAAGUAAUGAAACCGCAUACAUCGAGUACAAAACCAGCAAAGAAGGAAGCACGAUGGGAAUUACAGUAUCUCACAGAUCUGUGCUGGCUCAGUGUCUUGCUCUAACACAGGCUUGUGCCUACACAGAAGCCGAAACCAUAACCAAUGUGCUAGAUUUUAAGAGAGAUGUUGGGCUCUUGCAUGGGGUUCUAACUUGUGUCUUGAACCGAAUGCAUGUUAUCAGCAUACCAUACGCACUAAUGAAGGUGAACCCGUUAUCCUGGAUACAGAAAGUACAUUCAUAUAAAGCUCGUGUUGCAGUGGUCAAAUCUCGAGAUAUGCACUGGUCACUACUUGCACAGCGGGAUCAGAGGGAUGUCAGUUUGAGUUCAUUGCGAAUGCUAAUUGUAGCAGAUGGUGCCAAUCCAUGGUCAAUCUCCUCAUGUGAUGCUUUCCUGAAUGUAUUCCAGUCACGAGGUCUGAAGCCAGAAGUAAUCUGCCCUUGUGCAUCCUCUUCUGAGGCUCUUACUGUUGCCAUCCGCAGACCGUCUGAUCUAAGUGGUCCUCCUCCUGGAAAAGCUGUAUUGUCCAUGAAUGGGUUGAGCUUUGGUGUGAUCCGAGUUGAUACAGAAGAAAAGCUGUCGGUUCUUGCUGUGCAGGACUGUGGUCAGGUCAUGCCUGGAGAUUUGGUCUGUGUAGUGAGAAUGGAAGGUACCCCAUAUCUAUGCAAAACAGAUGAAGUUGGUGAAAUCUGUGUGCACUCCAAUGCAACAGGAACAUCUUACUUUGGCCUUCCUGGAAUGACCAAAACAGUUUUUGAGACUGUUCCAGUAACCGCCAGUGGUGCAGUAAUCAUAGAUCAGCCGUUUACCCGAACGGGGUUGCUGGGUUUCAUUGGACCAGAUAACUUGGUGUUCGUGGUGGGGAAGAUGGAUGGUUUGAUGGCUGUGAGCGGGAGAAGGUACAAUGCUGAUGACGUUGUUGCCACAGCACUGGCAGUGGAACCUAUGAAGUUUGUCUACAGAGGAAGGAUAGCAGUGUUUUCUGUAACAGUGUUGCAUGAUGAAAGGAUCGUGUUGGUAGCAGAACAGCGGCCUGAUGCUUCAGAAGAAGACAGUUUCCAGUGGAUGAGCCGAGUGAUACAGGCAAUAGAUAGCAUUCAUCAGGUUGGUGUGUACUGUUUAGCUUUGGUACCUGCAAACACCUUGCCAAAAGCACCACUGGGAGGCAUCCACAUCUCUGAGACUAAACAGCGAUUUCUAGAUGGAGCUCUGCACCCGUGCAAUGUUCUCAUGUGUCCGCACACGUGUGUUACAAACCUACCAAAACCAAGGCAGAAACAGCCAGAGGUAGGCCCAGCUUCUAUGAUAGUUGGGAACCUGGUUGCUGGAAAACGUAUUGCACAUGCAUCUGGAAGAGAUGUGGCUCAAAUGGAGGACAAUGACCAGUUUCUGUACCUUGCUGAAGUUUUGCAAUGGCGGGCUCAGACCACUCCUGAUCACCCUCUAUUUCUCUUGGUGAAUGCAAAGGGUACAGUUGCAAACACUUCCACAUGUUCACAACUUCAUAAGAAAGCAGAAAAGGUAGCAGCUGCACUUAUGGAGAGAGGACGACUCAACCCAGGAGACCAUGUUGCACUGGUGUAUCCUCCCGGUAUUGAUUUGAUAGCAACAUUUUAUGGGUGCCUAUAUGCAGGCUGUGUGCCGAUAACUGUCCGACCUCCUCACCCUCAGAACCUCACUACAACUCUUCCUACAGUCAAGAUGAUUGUGGAGGUCAGCAAGUCCUCUUGCAUUUUGACAUCACAAGCAAUAAUGAAGCUUUUAAAAUCCAAGGAAGCCACAGCAGCUGUUGAUAGUAAAUCAUGGCCAACUAUACUAGAUACAGCUUUCUCAGUUAUUCUUUUCUUUCUGCAUUACAUAAAAAAGAUGUCUCAUGCUGCUACAAGUGCCUUAUGUCGCUCUCUGAAGCUCCAGUGUGAACUGUAUCCAUCCCGUCAAAUUGCUGUAUGCCUCGAUCCGUAUUGUGGCCUAGGAUUCGCACUGUGGUGUCUUUGCAGUGUAUAUGCAGGUCACCAGUCUAUUCUUGUUCCUCCUCUGGAGCUGGAGAGCAAUGUUUCACUGUGGCUAUCUGCUGUCAGCCAGUUCAAGGUGCGGGUUACAUUCUGCUCUUAUUCUGUCAUGGAAAUUUGCACCAAAGGUCUAGGAUCACAGACAGACAUGCUGAAGGCUAAGGGAAUUAACCUGUCUUGUGUGCGAACAUGCAUGGUGGUGGCAGAAGAGAGACCGAGGAUUUCCCUUACAUACUCCUUCUCUAAAAUUUUCAAAGACUUAGGUCUGUCUCCUCGUGCAGUUAACACCACAUUUGGGUGCAGAGUGAAUGUAGCAAUCUGUUUACAGGGAACAUCAGGUCCUGAUCCAACUACUGUUUUUGUAGAUAUGCGGGCAUUGCGCCAUGACAGAGUGCGUUUAGUAGAGAGGGGGUCUCCACAUAGCUUGCCACUCAUGGAGUCUGGAAAGAUCUUGCCUGGUGUGAAAGUAAUUAUUGCAAACCCAGAGACCAAAGGCCCACUUGGAGAUUCCCACUUGGGAGAGAUAUGGGUAAGCUGUCCUCACAAUGCUACUGGCUACUACACUGUUUAUGGAGAGGAGUCCCUUCACUCUGACCAUUUCAGUGCUAGGCUCAGUUUUGGAGACACCCAGACAGUGUGGGCACGGACUGGAUACUUAGGAUUCCUUCGCAGGACGGAGCUCACAGAUGCCACUGGAGAGCGUCAUGAUGCCCUUUAUGUUGUGGGAUCCCUGGAUGAAACGCUGGAGUUGAGAGGGAUGCGGUACCAUCCAAUUGACAUUGAAACAUCUGUUAUUAGAGCCCACAAAAGCAUUGCUGAAUGUGCUGUAUUCACCUGGACAAAUCUACUGGUUGUCGUGGUAGAGCUGGAGGGUUCUGAACAGGAAGCACUGGAUCUGGUGGCCUGUGUGACAAAUGUAGUCCUGGAAGAACAUUAUUUAAUUGUAGGUGUUGUGGUCAUCGUUGACCCAGGAGUCAUCCCCAUUAACUCACGUGGUGAGAAACAGCGAAUGCACCUCCGGGAUGGAUUCCUGGCGGACCAGCUGGAUCCCAUCUAUGUUGCCUAUAACAUGUAGCAGGAAAGUUUAAAAGAAUGGAUCAGACACAGUUAACUGGUGCAUACAGAGCCUCAACAGCCAUGAACACUUGUGCCAAUAGUAUCCUCAGUGGCAUGUCAUCGCUAUCGUCAGUGACUGCCAGUGCUUCACUUCUUGACUACAUCUGGCAGGCUGUUCGACCACAGAAAUACAUCAUUUUCACCAUGUGAAGCUUCAGAAACUGCUUUUAAUUUCCUUAAACUGUGAAUGUCUGUGUUUUAAUUGCACUGGACUGUAGAGUAAGGUCAGAGUACUAGUACAUAUAAUUAAUCUAAAAAUUUCUCUUCGGGAGAAGUUGAAAUGUUGAAGCAUCCCUGUCAUAUAUACUGCCUUGGUACCUAGUUUAAAGAAAUGGGCAAAAGGCUAGCCUGUUUACAUUAUUGAUAAUUUUUAUUUUCAUACUGUUAGUUAGCAUGGCUGCCUUUCAGCUCUUAGUUCUUGGUUCAUUUCUUGACUAGGGUGUCUUUUUUUGUGGAGUCUGUAUGUCCUCCCUUUGUCCGUGUCUCUUUGGGUGCUACCAGUUUCUUCCUACAUCACAAGAACAUACCGUAAGUGAUUUGGUGAUCCUCUGGUUUGUCUGUAAGGCUACAUUCAGAGUGAGAGUGGGAUAAUGUGUGCACAUCCUGUAAUGGAUUAAGACCCUGUUCAGGAUGAGAUUCUAUAGCUUGCACUCAUUGGGUGUCAGGAUAGGCUCUGAUUUGUGCCAAGCCCCCCCACUAACACACACACACACACACACACACACACACACACACACACACACACACACACACACACACACACACCAUGUACUAGAUUAAAUGUGCAAUCUGAGAAUAAAUAAAGCUGCAGUAUGUGUUGCCCUCUUUAAUGAUGAAGAGACACUGGAGAAUUAGAACACCACAGAAAGGCAAACAUUCCAAGUCCUAUAUUCCAGAAAGUUGGGUUUUUAACACUGAGUCAUUUAUUUGCAUUUGUUUUUAGAACUGACUGUAUGUUUUAACAGUAUUUUAGGGACCAAGAAUGUCACAUGAUACCCAUGUAGUCCCUUGCAAGAUUAUUACUGUCUUGAGAGUUACACCACAGACCCUCUCCAUAGUUUUCUCAGUCUACUCUUUCAUAUACAGUUGGCACAUAUCAGGACCAGAAUUUAGCUGUACUUUAGAGAAUUAGGAAAAACCACUUUGCAAGACAUUAAUGUUUAAUUAGGGUUGACGACUUUGUCAGAUGGUGGUGUUGUAUAUGUGGUGGUGUUUUUUUUUUUUUUUAAGCAAGAACAUUCCAGAUGUGUGCCACUAAUCCCUUCAUUGUUUAUCCACCAUGUUUGGUUUACACUGUUGGAAAACAAAACAUUCAUGUGUGUUUCAGAUGUCAUCAGUUGCUGUUCUUCAGUCAUUGUUAUUUAGUUCUGUGUUUAAGAUUUAUAAUGCUUCAUCAGCAGUUGCCAUCCAUAUGCAAAAACUUUGCCCCAGACUUGCAAGCUUGCUUUUCUUUAAUGCAUAGGCACUUUCUUUUUCUACCGUUAUGAUCAAAGCAACUACAUAGCCAGUUGCUUGCUGCUUCAUAUGUAACAUGUACAGGAAAAACAAAAAAAUAUAUGCACCAUAUGUUACUUGACUUGUACACAAGUGACAGUUGCAAUAUUAGAAAUGUGAUAAUGCAAAUUUGAGGUUAACUAUGGGGCCUUUCAGUUUUGUACUAGUCUUAAACUCUUAUGGACCCUAGUAGCUCAGUUCCUCUGGAGAAUAGUGAAGUAUACCUUUACAGUAGUGCAUUUGUGAUGUUAUGGACACUUUUUUUCUUAUCCUACUCCAUGAGGAUUGAAAGAGAAGCUACCGUGAGCAAGUCAGAUCAGAGUUCUGCGACCUGUCGUAUAUUACUUGGUCGAGCAUGGAAAGACUUCUUAGACGGUAAAAUCCAGAAGGUGCUGCUUUCAUAACUGUUGAAAAAGUGGAACCAGAGACACUUGACUAGAAGUGACUAGCCGUGCUAUGUCUGCUCCACUCGAGUGCACCGCGUCUGUUGAAGCAUUGCAGAUGCAGUCAUUAUUUCGCUGUACUUUCUCAUGCAGGCGUAAAGCUUUACCUGUGAGAAGUAGUCCCGUUCACACCAACUUCUCUUGUAAUUAUGUACAGAAUUCACUUAACUUAUUGAGACAAAAAAAAACAUUUUCAUCAGUGGACUAACAAGAUACUUCUCACAGAAGAGUGACUGAAAGUUAUUUCAGACUACCUAAUGCAAAAUUUUAAGGUUGUAGUUUUAUAGUAAAUUUAUUAAAAAUGUAAAGUUAUGGAAAGCAGUGUAAGGUUUUUGUAUUGAGAUGUUGACAGUACUUCAUAUAGCCCUGAAAAGUAAAGGGUGAAAGAAAGCACAUUAAAUGUUUUAAAGUGAA